GCAGCAGAGUCGCCUGUGAGCGCCGGGAGGUUUUCUGGUGACGCUACCGUUGAUCAAUGCGUUCGUCAGGAGCCCGGGGGCGCGCGCCGCUGCAGCAGCUACCGACGGAUCUGAGGUCAACUUGAGAAUUAACGGCUCCAGUGCGCAGUGGGCCAUGUAUGCUAGCUGGAGACGAAAAUGAAACCCAGUCGCAACCUCCUCCUGGGCCUGUGCUCCAUGCUGGCUCUAGGAUUCCUCUACUACUCAUCAGGGAGGAUCAGCUUACAAGGCUGGGGCCACAAAUCAUUGUAUGACAAGCAAGGAUUCCUCCUGAAGCUGGAUGGUAGUCUGCCUUUGGAGCUGAUCUACAAGUACAGCAAUCUCAGUGAGGGAGCCUGUAAGCCUGGAUAUGCAGCUGCCAAGAUGACUGCCAUUUAUCCAAAAUUCACCAAACUGGCGCCCAUGUUCCUUGAUCCAAAUUACAAACUAUUCUCCAAGAUUGGUGAUUACUCGCCUCCAUUUGGGGUCAAAUCACAAGAGAAGAUCAUAGAUAUUCUCCUAUCAGCUACUAAGAGCUAUGGCCUUGGAGAAGAACUUGACAGCACUGAUGGCUUCUGGAAGUCGGUGGCCAGACACGUGCCAAGGGAGCCCAGCGACAUGCGCAUCCUGAACCCCUACUUCAUUCAAGAGGCCUCCUUCAAGCUGAUUGGCUUACCUUACAACAAUGGACAGAUGGGCAGAGGGAAUAUCCCAACCCUGGGGACAGUUGCCAUAACAAUGGCCCUUCAUAACUGUGAUGAAGUAGCCGUGGCUGGAUUUGGCUACAACAUGAGCACUCCCCAUGCCCCUUUGCACUACUAUGAGAAGAUUAGGAUGUCAGCCAUCAAAGAGUCCUGGACUCACAACAUAUCUAAAGAGAAGGAGUUCCUGUUGAAGCUGGUGAAGGCUGGGGUCAUCCAGGACUGGACCAGUGGGAUCUGUGGUGCAGGAUGCUGAUGGUCUGAAUUCCCCCACCAACAUGUGCUCCAACACCUGAAGAGGGAAACUCAAGGCUCCUUUGGCCACAUUCCCAGCAGAGAGCAGCUGUCACACAGCAUGGUCAAAGCAGAAAGAGCAUGUUCUGACCAGGACACCCUGCCCAGUGUUGAACUUUCACAUACAGUAUUGCAAAUUGGUCUCUCUGCAUUGUAACACAGUAUUUAGCUUGUCAGCGUUGCAGGUUAGUGUAUAUAAUAUAAUAUAUAUAUAAGCACCUGGACCAGGCUGCCCUGGUGUUGUGUUUAAACACAGAGCCCGUGCCAAGAGAAUACCUCUUCAAGUGUCCUUCUGCUCACACAGCUGAAUGUAUUCUGCAUCAAACCUAUAGUUGCUCAUUUGUAUCUUCAUCAACCCUUAUGUCACUGAUUUAUAUCUGAUUCAGGGUGCACUCUACAUGACACAUGUCAGCGCUGAUGGACCAGUCUCUGACGUCAGAGCGACAUGGCAACCAUCAACCAUCACAGUCAAUGUUAAGCAAGAGAUCUGGGGAGCACGAGCCAAUAAGAGUUCAAUCAGCAGCAGCAUGGAUAUCACAUUUAAACUCACUGUAGCAGAAGAGACACAUUUACUGUUCUUGUGAGACCCCCCACCCGUCAUGUCCACAGGAUGCAACAGAAGCAGGUCCUAUCUUGAUUUUACUUACAAACAAUUCAACUUUUUUGCUGUUCCUUGUCAGCAGAAGACUGAACACACUUUUUUUCACAUGCAAGUUUUCACACACGGGAAUAUUGGAAGGUGUUUGAAAUACCUAAUAUAUGAAGUGCAACCAGAAUGAGAUACAUCCAGCUCUGAACAUCUUUUUUUGUGUGUCCUAGGUCUUAGGUCACACUGUUCAGUGUCACUGUUGAGCUGCCCACAUGAGUUACUAAAGGAGACACACACACUUGACUUUGCUGAUGAUUUAGAUCAAGUCUGCAUUUUUCAUUCACAUUCAUUUACAGCUGUUUUCAUAGAAACAAGUCAUGUAGCCAUAAUACAUAUAUAUAUAUAUUUAUAUAGUCACUUUAUCUUAUCACUUAUCUCUCUCUCUCUCUCUCCCUUUUGUGAGGAAGUGAAGAACAGGUUCCAGGUCUAAGUAAAAUCUUGAACCAUGUGCUACUUAAAAUGUACCUGAGGUGCACUGAAUGAUUGAGUUUGUUUUCAUGUUAAUAGAUAGUGUUGGGCAGUUUUUUUUCUGAUGCUGGCAUUAUAGGCCCUUUUCCAACCUUCUCCAAAAAAGAUGCUAAACCCUGAUGUUAGUCGUCUCUAUUCACCGCCCAGACCAAGAACAUAAAAAACCUUCCCCUCAGACAUCUCACUCGGCCCGGCCACAGGCUGCGAUCUCAGGUCCCCUCACCUCAGCCACCAGUCCUGAUCAAUGUUACUCUCAGACAAGUGACCUGAUCUCUAACAAUCCAUUUCACUUACCUGGAGCAGCUGUGCUGAAAAGUGUGUGUGUGUCUGUGUGUGUGUUUCUUCACACAUUCUCGCCUGUGCAGUCUUUCCUCACCUCAUUGUGGGGGUUCAUGAACUGGAUGCAGUCAGAUUCUCAAGCCAAAGUAUUCAUAUUUAUUAUAGGCUGUUCACAAGAACACAUUAAAAAUAAAGAUGUAAAGAUUCA